CAUUGGAUCAUUUUGAAAAAUUUUAUCACUCGAUUAUUGCUUCCCAGCAGAACCAGUCUCUUUCUACUUCAUGUUGCGCAGCAAUUUUAUAGAAAAUUCGUAAAAAUAAUAGAAAUUUCGUCGGCAUAUUCGAGCGAGGAUGGUUGAAGCAAGAAGUGAUUAUGAUUCUCAAGUAGCAAUAAGCAGGUGGCGACGUUGCGAACAUACUGUUUUGAGGUUAUGGUAUUUUUAGAAUACGUUACCGGUGCUGCAUGUGAUAUUGUUUACCAAACACAGGAGCAGAGCUAUUACCCUUACCACAAUAACUGAUUGUCGAGAAUUGUCAAUAUUCGAUGGAAAAUAAUAUGAGUGAUGAAGAGCAAGUUCAAGUCAGUUAUUCGAGGAGCCUAGAAGAGAUUAGCGAAGCCCUUGACUUAGCCAAUGUCAAAGAAUCGGAACUGAAACAGAUAAGCCAAGUUUUGCUACCGCCCACCCGAGGCUUUGAGGCUGCUGACUAUAGAUUGAUAGAGUUAGAUAGCAAUUUGUUGAAAGCGUUGGAACAAGGCUCUGGGCUUUGUUUCAAAGGCGACGACAAGACUGAUCGGAAAGCAGCAGUUUUGUGCACCAAAAAUCGUACUUACGACAUAAAAGAUACAGAAAUCUCAGACGUUUUGCUUCUGGCUCCGAAUGUCAAAUUGGCAAACGACGUGGGCGGUGUUUGCCCAGAUCCUGAAGAUAGGGUCAUAGAAGAGACAAGGAUACAUGGACAAUUUCACAAUUAUUUUGAAGUAAAGGAAUAUAAACCAAAUUUGAAAGAAUUAUUGACGCUUUUACAACCGACCGCUUUCGAUGGCCUCGAGUACGAAAAAAAAUUGGAUCGUGAUAAGCUUUAUGAUUGGGAAAAACUCGAGAAUCACAUUCAAGCAAGCGAGGACGAAUUGCGAGAAGCUUUUUCCGAAUACUUGAUAGCCGACAUCGAUGGAUAUUUCCGUCUUGUCGCGUUUGAUUUCGAAGCUCGAGCUUUCGGCCUGAUGUUGGAUAUACUGGAGGAGAAUUCGUGGGAAAUUGACGAGGUUGACAAAGAAAUCACUUACGAAUCUUUGCAAGAAUUUAUGCCACGCUCCGUUUUCGAUCUUAUCUUUCACAAGUACACCGAGCCCGGUGAAAAGAAGAAUGCAAAGGGAGAAACUCUUUGGAGGUACAAAGAGGACAAAUGCUGCAAAUUUUUGGCUCAAAUAUUGCUCGCUGCUUCGCCCGUAAACAAUUUCGAUCAUUUUAUGGAAUCUUGGACGUUGGCAGCUCCUGAAAAAUUGAAGCCAGAUGAAAAGCAUCUGCGUGGAAUAGCUCUCGUCAAGUGGAAUCCUCAAAAGAUGAAGAAGGAAGUGAUAUCAUUUUCGGAAUCGCACCUCUCGCAAGACAUUGUCUCGAGAUUGAACGAGCUUUUCAAAGUUAAAGAUAAAUGGACCGUCGAUGAAAUCACACCAUACAUCUCACGAUGUACUACACCAAAUGCGGACGUAAACGCCUUACUGACAAAAUAUGCGAGGUCAUCGGCCGUCAAUGGAAUAAAGUAUUACAGUUCGAAGCAUGGAAAGUAGUGCCGCACGCGUGAUACCAACGUUUUUUACAAAGAUUCCAUCCAGCAAAGAAUUCCUCACUCUUUGAAAAUUCCACCCACCGGCUAUUGAACGAAUCUAAGGGGAAAUCUCACAAGUUUGAGAGAACCAUACUUUCUCAUUUUCAAUUCUCAUAUGCCUCAACGAGUUAUUGUUCCUGUGAAUAAAAUAGAUCAAUAACUUUUCGCUUGUUAAAUAAGCGGCUGAGUUCGUACGGAUUUUAGUUGCAGUCGCAACGAAUCAAAAUUCUCAAAGUACAAGCUGUAUUACGCUGUUCUAGCUGAACCAACUAUGUUGGUUCUUCAAUUAAAAUUUGAGUAUAUCUUAAAGGCGUAAUAAACAUAUAAUUUUUAUACACGUUUCAAUGGUCUUCGAGAUUUCAAAUGACUAUUCUACUAUUCAAAAUGUAAAUGACUCUGUAUAAAUAAUGAUCAGCAAACGAACGA